AUGUCUCUCAGACCUCCCCUGAGGACAUUUCAAUCUGCUCUGCGGCUACAACUCACCUUACCCCUCUCACAAAAAUCAAUCAGAUAUGCUUCGCUCAAUUCAGCUAUCGGGCGCGGGAUUCGCAGGUCGCAGGGUGUAGAAGAUUCUGGGACUUCGCCCAACGAUCGCGGUCGUUCUCGGGCUGAAAAGCCGACAUACACAUCGCGGAAUGAUCGCAAUAGAAAAGUGCACCGGCAAGCGCUUCCCGAAAUGGGGUUCGAUGAAGAUGAAUUCAUUAGGUCCGGAAACUUUCGUGCAUUGCCUCCUGAACAUCAACGAUUCAAAAACGCGCACGACUUACGCGGUAAUAAGGAAUCUAAUGCUGCGAGCAGACGUCGCUUACCGCAAAACAUGCGUGACAGUCAUGAAUCUCGAUCGGCAAAGAGCGGCCGCUCUUCACAAUAUGUUCCAACGCCUGAAGAUGAAGAAAAGCGACGCUCACGUCGGAUAGAACACCAUAAGCCUACAGAAGAAAACCCUGAACGAGUGAAGCAGCAUGUCUGGGUCCCACCCACAAUUCCCUACACCACUUCGGCAUCCGAAUUUAUCUAUGGUACGACAGCCGUCGAAGCUGCGUUGCGUUGUUGCAAGCGCCAGCUAUACAAACUCUAUCUUUACCAGACAGCCGGAGAAGAAGAGUUGAGCGCUGACAAGAGGGUGUUGCGGAAACUUGCUCUGUCCAAGAACGUCAAAGUCAAGUUGGCCUUCGGUGAAUGGAACCGACUGCUUGAUAAAAUGAGCGCAGGAAGACCCCAUAACGGGUGUGUCCUCGAAGUAUCGCCCCUUCCCCGAACGCCCAUCCAAGCACUCAGGCCUGUCCAAUUGGGUGACGGCGAAUUCAAAGUGGAACUCGCACCGCAAACGCGAGAGGAAGCGAAGGUGAACGGGACGAAUGACUGCAUAAAAAUCAACAAUUCAUACACCCAACAGCAGAUAAGAUACCCAGUCGUCGUGCUACUCGAAGGUGUCGUUGAUACGGGAAACCUAGGGUCCAUUAUCCGCUCCGCCUAUUACCUCGGGGUUGACGCCAUUGUCUUUGCCGGCCGACACUCGGCGCCACUGUCGCCCGUCACGAUCAAGGCCUCCGCCGGCGCCGCCGAGAACAUGACUCUUCUUGACGUCCAGAACGAAGUAGACUUCAUCAAGCGGUCCCAAGCCAACGGCUGGCGAUUUUACGCUGCAGAUGUUCCUAAGACAGGUGCUACUUACCUUGAACCUGGCGCGCUACAACCUCCUGGCUCGGCGGUAGCGAAUGAAGGACACCCCGACGCCCUCAUCGGACAGUCGCCCAGCGUAAUUAUGAUGGGCUACGAAGGAUCUGGUCUUAGCAACCACAUCAAGGGCCGUGCCGAUUCCAUUGUCAGCAUCCCUGGUGCCAGACUCCUUCCCGGCGUAGGAGCUGCCUCUGACCCGGCUCGAGUUGAUAGUCUCAAUGUAAGCGUUGCCGCGGCGCUUCUUAUGGAAACCUUCCUGCGCGUCCCGCUAGGAGUGAGCCCGCGUAUAUUUAUAGACGUCAUCGUCAAUAGGGCGGGGCCUUUUUAUCAGGAUGGCUCCAUGUCUUGCAUUCUGUCGCUACUCCUGCGCAACAAAGCCCUGAUCCUAGACCGACAGUCUGAUAACGGCAGCAUUAGGUACCGUUGCAGGAUAACCGUCCUUAUACCCAUCGGCCCUAGUUCCUAUGAGGCCACCUUCUGUCAUCCUUCGACUACGCUAUUGCAAUCCGUACUUCCCAAGAGUAGCCUCCAGCUGCGGCCCAGCUGCAUGCAAAAGUACCUUACAGUUACGUACGUUACAGCGCUGCAGAGCAGUGAUUGA